AUGUCCGCUCCAGCAGAAACUAGUACACGAGUCUAUAAUGGCUCUUGUCAUUGUGGGGCAACCCAAUACUUGGUCAGGUUGACGUUCCCACCUAUCCUCGACAUCAAUGCGAAGUCAAUCCGAGUCUACAAAUGCAAUUGCAGUACCUGCACCAAAAUGAACCUCUUCCAUCUUCGCCCGAUAGAUCCAGCCAACGACUUCCUGGUCCUGAGUCCCAAUCCGGAGACUGAAUUGGGGGAUUACCGCACAUUCAAGAAGGUCCAGAGCUGGUAUUUCUGUAAAGAAUGCGGCGUGCGAUGUUUCGGCAUUGGUGGAAGCUGGGAAACCACCGAGGUCGAUCUUGAAAAAUGGAAGGGGAGCGAAGGGUCUGAGGGGAAGACAACAAAGGCGUGGAAGCUCAAGGCUGGAGAAUGGAAGUACGAACAUGCUGGGAAGGAGGUUGUCAGGCCAUCUUGCUACCUGUCGGUCAAUGCUGUCACCAUUGAGCCUGACCAGGAAGGCUUUUCUCUCAAGGAGUGGCAUGAGAAAGGUUGGAUAGCAUACGUGGACGCCAGAGACCGCAUCGGUGAGUUGAAAGUGGGUGAACCUCAUAAAUGGGGCUGCUAUUAG